AUGGAUAGAAAAAGGUUCGUAUCAGAGUCGGAUGAUUCAGAUAUCAUUAAACUUUGUUCAGUUCUUCUACCAGAGAUUGAGAGAAUUGUCAAAGAUCGCAGGGUUCCAGAAGGGUCGCAAAUUCGAAUUCUAACGCGAGAUUUGUUGCAGUCCGACGGAACAAUUUCAGUCCUGAGAGAGCUUACACAGGCAACAAGGUUCCCUUUGGAUAGGAAAACGCACCCAAAAGGGGUAGCGAGUACUGAGGUCUCAAAAGCUUUGGUUUCUCUGUUCAACCAAAAUGUUCAAGAGGGCAAUACUAUGGUACGGGACGUUCAAUGUUACAGAUCGACCACGCGCGGUAAUCGACAUCCAACAGAUGGCAAUGCACAUCGACGCAACCCCAAAAACGUUGGUGCCACCACAUUUCGGAGAUCUGUGACGAGCAGUGCUAGUAAAGUAGUGCCUGUCAAACCGAGUUUUCCACCAAUUCUUCCACCACCAGAUCGAAGAGUUUACUUCUUGCAGGGUCACGAGAAGUCAGAUAUGCCUUAUCUCGCACAAUCCGACUUCCCACCCUGGGUUACAGUGUGUGAAGAGAGGCUAUUUUACAUUUGUCCUUUGAUACGCUUUGCAUUUGAAGCGAAACGGAUUGGAAGAUUAUCGGAUCCAGAAGACAGAGCACUUUACGACCCGGAAACAACCAGCAAGAGGAAAAGAUGCAUCGCGCAAUCCAAAAUAGUUUAUCUGUCGGAGUUUAUAGCCUCAUCCUAUCUUCGCACAGAAGACUAUGCAUGUUAUAAAUACAAUUUACAGAUACUUGACGGCUGGACUGGAGAAAAGCUCUGGCUACACACCAUGACUUGGGUUUUGUUCGUGGAUGAUCGUCACUAUAUCGAGCGUAUUGCUUCAGAAUCAGCAUUGGAUGAACUUUGUAUGCUUGGAAAUUUUCUUGGUGCAAGCAAGCCGGUAACCGCCGGUCUACGAAACAGCUAUCGUGUCUAUAACGUCCGGAGUAAAUGUAAAGGUUUAGCUGGUUCUUCUGAUCAGCCAGACACUGCUACUUCACUCGCCAACAAAGCAUCUUCGCAGUCAUAUUUAUCCCCUGCGGACGAGCCAGCAAGAAAGAGAAUUCGCGAUAACUGGUACGUUGCCGACGAUGUCCAGAAUGACAUUCGGGACCUGGGAUGGCGGCUACGGGAUGCUUGA